AAACUUAGAAUUCAUUUUUUGAUUAUAUUGAAAAGGAAAAAGGAAGAGAGUCAUAUAUUCCUCCACCUACCACCAACAUCACCACCACCACCAACAACAACAAUUGAAGUGUCUCUUGACUUUAGCUGCUUUCUAGUUCUUCUUCAUCUUCUGAGACAGCAACAGCCAACAGCCACCCAAAAUGGCAUCAUCAACCCCUCAAGUCAUAACCUGCAAAGCUGCAGUGGCAUGGGGAGCUGGAGAGGCAUUGGUAAUUGAGGAAGUGGAAGUUAGUCCUCCUCAACCAUUGGAGAUUAGGAUUAAGGUUGUCUCCACCUCUCUCUGUCGUAGUGAUCUUUCUGCUUGGGAAUCUCAUGCCAUAUUUCCUCGCAUAUUUGGCCAUGAAGCAUCUGGGGUUGUUGAGAGUGUAGGGCAAGGAGUGACUGAAUUCAAAGAAGGGGACCAUGUGUUAACAGUUUUCAUUGGAGAAUGCAUGUCAUGCAGGCCGUGCAAAUCAGGAAAAAGUAAUGUUUGUCAAGUUUUGGGAUUGGAAAGAAAGGGUUUAAUGCAUAGUGAUCAAAAGACGAGAUUUACAGUAAAAGGGAAGCCUGUUUAUCAUUAUUGUGGUGUUUCAAGUUUUAGUGAAUAUACCGUCGUCCAUUCUGGAUGUGCCGUGAAAGUCGGUCCUCAUGUACCUCUUGAGAAAAUAUGCCUUCUUAGCUGUGGUGUUGCUGCAGGUCUAGGUGCAGCAUGGAACGUUGCUGAUGUGACAAAAGGAUCAACAGUGGUUAUAUUUGGUCUUGGAACUGUUGGCCUUUCUGUUGCUCAAGGCGCCAAACUAAGGGGUGCUUCUAGAAUAAUUGGUGUUGACAACAAUCCACGGAAGUGUGAAAACGCUAAAUCUUUUGGGAUUACGGAAGUUGUUGAUCCGAAUUCGUACAAAGAACCUAUCGUGCAGGUUAUUAAGCGCAUUACUGAUGGUGGCGCAGAUUUCUGUUUUGAAUGUGUAGGUGACACUGAUAUGAUAACCACCGCAUUGCAAUCAUGCUGUGAUGGAUGGGGUUUGACUGUAACACUUGGUGUACCGAAGGUGAAGCCUGAGAUGUCAGCUCAUUAUGGACUAUUCCUGACGGGAAGAACAUUAAAAGGAUCUCUAUUCGGAGGAUGGAAACCUAAAACUGAUCUUCCUUCGUUAGUAGAGAAGUAUGUGAACAAGGAAAUCCAGAUUGAUGAUUACAUAACACACAAUUUGCAAUUUGAUGACAUUAACAAAGCUUUCAAUCUCAUGAAGGAAGGAAAGUGUCUUCGUUGUGUUAUCCAUAUGCCAAGAUGAUUCCUUUGGCUACUUGUUUCUUUCAUGAAAAGUGAAAAAUUAUUGAAGAAAUUAUGAUCCUAGAGUGUGUAGAAGAAAUUAACUAUUUUGCCUGGUUAACGGUGUACAUGGAUGAGAAUUGUCAAUUCUAAAAGUACAAUAUUCAUCACUCCA